AUGGGCAACAAGCAAAGCUCCUCUGAUGGUAGUAUAGUCACACGUAGUGCCCAGUUCAAUCGAUAUGAUUACAACAACAGUAAUUAUACUAAUAGCAAUGUCAACAAAAGUAACAACAUAAAUAACACCAAUAAUAGCACAAAUAAUAAUAAAAAAUCGAAUUUUAUUUGCAAUCUCUUCGCGAAAUCACGUCUUGAUCCAAGUGCACUUGCCCAAGCAUGCCCUCCACCGGUAGGUGGUGAGAUGCCAAUUGGUGAAUCGAUCGUGACACAACCACUUAGCAACGAGAGGCCAACAGUUCGACUAGAUUCCAGAUUGGUUUGUAAGUAUGAAGUAUUAUCAGUGAUUGGCAAAGGAUCCUUCUCACAAGUGCUGAGAGUGCAACAUCGUUUAACACGACAGUUUUAUGCAGUCAAACUUGUUUCUGCAGAUUGCGGUGCUGUCAAUAAUGAACUUAAUAUAUUGAGUCGAUUAUCGCAUCCCUUUGUGAUACGACUCGAAGAGGUAUUCAAAUCUUCGUCACGAUUAUUUAUUGUAAUGGAAAUGGCAAGUGGAGGUGAAAUGUAUGAUCGUGUCGUUUCGAAAGGUCGUUAUUCGGAAGCUGAGGCACGACAAGCAAUUCGUAUGUUGUUGAGUGGUCUCGCUUAUCUGCACAGUAUUCGUGUGACACAUCGUGACCUGAAGCCUGAAAAUCUCUUAUACAGUGAUUCAAGACCAGAUGCGCGUCUUUUGAUCACUGAUUUCGGUUUGGCCCAUCAAGUGCGCAGUCCGCAAGAGAAAAUGUCUGAAACUUGUGGUACUCCCGAGUAUAUUGCUCCUGAGGUAUUGUUACGAGUUGCCUACACGGAAAAAGUUGAUAUGUGGGCUGUUGGUGUGAUUGCGUAUAUUUUAAUGUCGGGUAUUAUGCCAUUCGAUGAUGAGUGCCGCUCACGACUUUAUACACAUAUUAUAACAGCUAAUUAUGUUUAUUAUCCUCAGUUUUGGUCUGGUUCAGAAUCGGCGAAACAGUUCGUGGACAGCCUUCUCGAAACGAAUCCAGACGUACGGCUGAGUGCGAGUGAAGCGUUGAAGCAUAGUUGGAUGUUGGGUGAACGAACACAUUUGAAUAUUAGUAUUAAGGCACGACCCGCAUCCGAUUACAACACUGUUGCAAGGACGCGAUCAACACGAUCAAUACGAAGUGUAACAAGAUCAGACCAUGGUCAUCGAGUGGAUCCACGUGAGGUGGAUAUGUUAGCGAAUGACUUACAACGGAUUGUUAAACAACAACAACAAUCAACUAAACAUUAUGGCGUUUUUUAG